CUCUCUCUUACGUCAUCAGCCGGCGACCGUGUUGUGUCAACACAAACAGAAGCUAACGGCGAAACAGCGGUGAAGUUUGGACUCCAGUUUCUGCCUUGUACAGUAUGCUGACAGCUGGGCUCGGUAGAACUGAAUGAGGUGCGGUCUUCUGCCUGUGCUGUUUUGUAAGUGCUGCUGCCGGGAUGGGCCAGCAGAUCUCAGGUCAGGCGGUGAUGACCCGUCUGCCUGAGAAGUUGGUGAAACACGCCGGACUGGUACGAGACAGCGGCUACCUAACCUAUGAGGAGUUUCUGGCAAGAGUGGCCGAACUUAAUGAUGUGACGGCCAGGCUAGCUGCUGGACAGCAGAAGCACCUGCUGUUUGAGGUGCAGCCAGGAUCCGAUGCCACGGCCUUGUGGAAGGUGGCUGUCAGGAUCGUCUGUACCAAGAUCAACAAGGAGAAUGGUAUGGUGGAAGCGUCGCGUAUCAUGAACCUGUACCAGUUCAUCCAGCUGUAUCGUGACAUCACCAGCCAGGCUGCUGAGGUGUUCUCUGCAGAGGGCGCCACCGAGGGCCCGUCUGCCCAGCUCCCCACCACCGACUCCUGUCAGGCCAGCAUGUGGAUGGGCAGAGUGAAGCAGCUGACUGAUGAGGAGGAGUGUUGUAUCUGCAUGGAUGGAAAGGCUGACCUGAUACUGCCCUGCGCACACAGUUUCUGUCAGAAGUGCAUCGAUAAAUGGAGCGGGCAGAGCCGUAACUGUCCAAUAUGUCGUCUGCAAGUGACUGCUGCCAAUGAAUCGUGGGUAAUGUCUGAUUUCCCCACAGAGGACGACAUAGCUGGCUACAUCCUCAACCUGGCUGAUGAAGCGGGCCACCCACACAGGCCUUAACACACACAAGUAGACUUUACGUGUCGCAACACAAAAUGUCACUUUCACAGAGGAGAAUAUUUUUAAAGCUAACAAAGGGGAAGAAACCAGCGUGGUUUCCUGCUUCUUAUGUUCGUGUAGGAUACAAAUGUGCAGAAUCAGAAAAUGACCCCCCUCCGUCUCUUUCUGGUCUUAAAAAUCCACGGAUGCUCUUUGCCCACCCUCUCUCUGAAACCCAUGUAUUGUAGAUGUGGUGCUUUAUGGGAACUGUGUGUUAUAAUAUCUCGUCUAAGUGGAAAUUCAGUAUUUGUAAUAUGUUAUGCUACACAAACUAUUAAUUUUACACACAAAAUAACCAAAAGUACAAUUCCUACUGUAAUCUUUGGGUUGAUUUAACCAACAUAGCAGAAGGAGACCUGGGCUGAGAUUAAGCAGGUAUAGGAUUUGUAAUACGAAUCCUGAUCCAAGCUGAAGUUGCCUUUCAUGUUGAUAUGAAUGGGGCAGAUGCUGCAACAAAGAGAGGGUUGAUAUGUAUGACUCAUACUGUUCUUAAAAUAGAAGUGCAAACCAAACAGACCCCCCUUUGUCGGAGAUUCUGCUGAAACUGUGAAGCCAAAAUAUUUUCCACCUGUAUAGCUGUUAUGUAGUCAGUCUAAUGUAACCCUGCAUGUUUAUAUCCCACAUGACAUGCCGUAUGAGCUGUGUUAUGUGAGCCUGUUAUAAACUGAUGUACUGAUCCAGUUCAUAAACUGACAUAGUGACUAAUAGUCUUUUGGGUGUACUGGACUAACUAGUUUUACAUAAUUUAAAUGACUUGGCUUGCUGUGAUGUCUUCUUCACUGUCUGAAGUAACCACUAUUUUACAUCUAUGCUGUUCUCAUCUUUUUACUCAUGUAUUUUUUUACUCUGUAAAUUCAUUAAGAUUAUUAAGAUCUGCUGUAGUAGUACUGUAGUUUACACUCCCAAAACAGCCCGUCUUGUCUUUGCUCUGCUUUGUCAUGCUUAUAAUUAGCGAUUUCUUUAAGAUAGGCAGCUUUUCAGUUACAACAGAAUCCUUGAAGGAUUAAACUGUGUAUAAUUUAAUCCCACAAAAAAAGAAGUAAUUCUUUAUUUCUGGCCUGGUUUCCAGAUACUACAAAUCACAGGCUGCACUUUUAGUUAAAGUGGAUUUGUUUGUGAUUUAUGGGGACUGGAUCCACAUGAAAUGUGAAAAUGUAUUACCCUUAAUUUUCAAUAGAGUGAUCCAUUUCUAUUUUUACUGAAAUCUGAUUCAUUAUUUAAAGUUGUGGUUGGUGGUGACAUGGGAUGCAGAUUCAGCUUUUUUUGUGACAUUCAGUGAGUGUAUCAGUUUUGCAGUUGAUUAAAUUUAGAUUUAACCUAUUUUUCUAAGUUUAAGACAGUAACUCAUCGUAUUUCAUUGUAUACAGGAGUCAUUUACUAAAUAGUUGUGUGAUUUCUGUUAAUUUAAUACACCAGAAAAAUAUAAUUUUAUUUGACCAAAAGAGAUUUUUGGUUGCCAAUGCUGACAAAUUGCACUUUGAAACAUCACUGUAGCUUUCUUGGUGUUUGUGCACUGCAACUACAGAUGAUUUUAUCUCUGUUUAUCAUCUGACACCGUAAUCCUUCUCGUGCAGUUGAGCUCACGCACAUCAAAAUAUGUGUAGCAGCGAGAGACUUUCUUCACUAAAUUAAACAGGAAUUUAAUCGGACACAGUUUGGUCUCUUAGCAGCAUGAAUCCAAUCAAAAAUGAUUAAAAUGUUGUAAAAUAUGGUAGCUAAAAAAAUGAGAAUUUUUUUUUUCAUAAUAGAUUAAUAUUAAGCUUCUGAUCCUACAUAGACACAUUGUAUGUACAUAUUAAACAUGCCCUGAUAAAACACACAAACAAAACUGAUGUGUAACGAGAUGUUGCUGCCUUAAGGUGGUAGCAUUACCCAAAAAAUCUUCUGACACAGAUCUUGCAGCAUUUUUGAAGGUAUUUCAUUUGUAAUAUUGAAUGAAAGGAGGUGAAUUAAAAUUGAAGCAUUCUUACUGUAUUAUCCUUAAUAAAGAGAUACUCACUUUUUGCACUUUA